AUGAAGGUCCUGUUGUGUGUCGUCUCUUUGAUCCUGCUCGUCGAAGCGGCCCCAGAGCGCCGCAUCUUCGGUGGAUACGAUGCGCUGGCCGGGGAACUGCCGUAUCAGGUGUCGAUCCAGCGGGCCAUUCUGACCACCCGGACGCACGUCUGCGGUGGUAGUAUCCUGAACCAAAUGCACGUCCUGACGGCCGCUUCCUGCUUCUGGACGGACUCGAGCUCGCGCUUCGAAGUGGUCGCCGGCAAUCUGCGCAUCGACCAGGCAAGCGAGACCCAGCAGCUGCUGGCCGUCAACUGGAUCCGUAUGCAUCCGGAGUACAACGGAGAAACCAGCUCAUCCGACCUGGCCAUUGUGCGUACUUCGUCGGCUUUCUUCUACAACCAUCUCGUCCGUCCGAUUACGCUUCCUCCGGCGGGUCAGCUUCCUUCCGGUGUCGUGCGUAUCGGUGGCUGGGGCUCGCGCACCACCAGCAUCCUGCCCGGGAACAACUUUUCCAACAUGCUGCAGAAAAUUAGUGUGCCCAUUGUGGACUGGAACGAGUGCUACGCCGUUCUCGGCGGUGCCGGAGGUCCGUUCGACGAGCGGAACAUGUGUACGGGACCACUGACCGGUGGCAUAUCGACCUGCACCGGCGAUGCUGGUGGGGCCGCCGUUCAGCAACAGGGUAUCGACGUUUACCUGCAGGUUGGCAUCAUUUCGUGGAACCUUCUGCCGUGCGCCGCAGUCAACACACCGUCGAUCUACACGCGCGUGUCCGCACUCAAUGACUGGAUACAAGCGAACUCGGUGUUGUAA